AUGUCCGACUCGGAGAACGAGUCCAGAGCGGCCGCAGUAGGCCGAAAGCGCAUUCGCACGGGUGAGUCAGGUGACUAUGCUAUCGCCGCGCUCGCGAGCAGCGCAGCAAGCAACAGCGAGAGCGAAAACAGCAGCAAGGAGUCUGGUGAGAUCUCCAGCUCCGAGCGCAGUAGUCGGCGUAGCAGCCGCCAGCAAAACCUCUCCGCAGACAGCGAGAGCGACCAGGGCAGCGAGAGCGAUGACGGCAGCUCUGAGACGGAUGGUUCUUCGGAGACAGACGACAGCGAUGAAGAACCUCCCGCUCAUUCGUUGGCGUCUCCACAAGGCCAGGCGGAUCAACAUCACAGCAGCCGUGCUAACAGACCCCAAGACCGCAGUGAUGAAGAACUCCGCUUGAGCGACCUCACGGAGAAAGAAGAGGACGACCAGCUUUUCUACUUCCACCGCCACCGCUACGGGGAGAAACACCCCAAAGACUACGUGGUGCGCUGUUUCUGCUGUGGCGCCAAAGGCCACGUCCACGCCACUUGCCCCGAGCGCAAGUGCAAGCACUGCGGCGCGUACGAUGCGCACGCCUCCCACGCCUGUCCUCAAGGCCGCAAGUGUGGGCGCUGCCGACAACGGGGACACGAUUCCCCAGAAUGCACGAACCCGACAAAGCCGCCGAACACCAUCGCCGACGCUUGCGAUAUCUGCGGGGAGAUGGGACAUGUCGAGGAAGAGUGCAUGAAGCUUUGGUGCACCGGCGCCGAGCCCGUGACCAUGAGAGCAGUACGACGGAUGUGGAGGGCCUGGUAA